AUUGGUGUUGGUGGCGCCACCAACAUUCUUCUGUUUGCUCGGUUUCUGACUGGUGGAGGCAGUCAUGUCAAUUGGUUUUGGAUUCUGGACUUCGGACUCGUUUUCGUCGAAAGGGCGGUACAAGAAGUGGAAGCUGAGGGACUUCCUUCUGUUUAGAAGCGCGUCGGAAGGGAGGGCGACAAGGGCGGAGCAGUUGUCGGCGGCGGCGAAAUACGCGGUGCUGUCGAGGAGGAGUCGCCGCCUGCUGAGGAGGAGGAGUCGGCGAGUCGCCGCCUGUCGAGGAGGACUGGAGGAGGAGGAGUCGCGAGUCGCCGCCUGUCGAGUUUCGACUUCCAAGCAGAGCUGGUGCUUCGAGUUCGCGAUUCCGAGGGGAGGGCGAGGUCUGCGACUGCGAGGAGGAGAGUGGAGACGAGGAGUCAAUCACUCAAUCUCCUGACCUAGGGUUAGAGGGCAGGCCGGCACUCGGCAGGCUGAGGACG